AUGGAAGAUGAGAAGAAUGUUCAAGAUGGAAAGAUUACUAUCAAGCUAAUGGUGAGCAAAUCUAAGAAGAAAGUUUGUUUUGCAGAAGCAAAGAAAGACUUUGUUAAUUUGCUCUUCAGUUUCCUAACCAUUCCACCUGGGCAUUUUGUGAAACAAAAAUGUAGCAAUUCUUUGAACGGAUGCAUAGAUCACUUGUACAGGAGUGUACAAGAUCUUGAUAAGCAAUGCUUGAAGUCCAAUUACCACAAGGAAAUGCUAGUCAGUCCUAAGCUUGCCUCUAGUAUUGGUUAUGAGAAUGAUUUAUUAGGAAUUAAGGAAGCCACACAUCCUCCAUAUUAUUUUGCAUAUGUACACUCUAAUUCAUAUUUUACUAGUGAUAAACAUCUUAUUCCUUCUGAUAAUAAUACAAUGAUAACCGAACUGAAAGUUGUGGAUCCAAAAUCUCAUAACGAAGAUGGUGGAGGAUUUAUAACAGGACAGGCAAUUUUCACAAUGACAAGUAGUCUGAUAAUAAGACCUAUGUCACCCUUCUUAGGCCUCUCCAUUCUCAAUGACUUGAAGGUACCUUUUGAUGACAUUGAGGAGCAAAUUGUGCUUGUGGGCAAGGAGGAGAUAAGCUUAAAGCUUUUCAUAUACGUACUAAUAUUCUUAGCUCUUUUUGAAAAGGCUUUGAGUCUUUUACAAACUUGUUUUGAGCCAGAAUCUACUCUGACCAAUACCUUCAUUAGAGAUUCAAACUGA